UUCUUGACAAGAGUAAGGUAGGCGCUGUUUGGAAUGUCAGUUCCAUGAAGUGGGAAAUAGUGACAGUGUAUUCUUGGUAAUGUGUUUCAAUUACCUUUUAAACAGUGUUAGUAUUGAAUAAUUUUUAAUUCGCAAGUCAAGAGGGGAGAGUAGACUUGAUCCGCAUGAUGUCUUACAUACUUGUCCCAACGUAGAGGAGUGUUGUAGCUAGCAAGCUAGCUAGCUAGCCAACCACGUUAGCUCUUUGAGUGGAGGGGUACGGGCCCGCCUCAGACUAAAGUAGCUCCUGCAGCUGGGGAGCUCUAUCUGCGACAGCGGCCAUCUGACAACUACGGAGUCGGGACAUUACUUACUGGGCAGGCCGGUUCGGACGGAUCAAAGCUUUGGAUCAGUUAUUUAAUUGCUAGCUACUUCUAUUGGCAAACGCCGCAUUGCUUGAAUUGAGAGGGUUGGUCUUCAAUGUUAUGAACUCGUAAAAUGCAACAGGAGACGAGAGGAGGUAGGAUGACUUACUCGUCUUGAUAAUAGAAUAACUGAAAUCGAUGCAAAUACGCUGUUUCAGAUAGCCAUUUGUCGGCUGGUACUAGCCCACUCGCGUUUGACGCAGGAUAUUUAGACGAGUUGUAAACGCAGGCUCUCAAAAUGUCUAAAAUGCCGGCUAAAAAGAAGAGCUGUUUUCAGAUCACAAGUGUGACACAGGCUCAGGUGGCGGCCAGCAGUGCCACGGAUGACACAGAGAGCCUGGACGACCCAGACGAAUCACGGACUGAAGACGUGUCUUCGGAAAUAUUCGACAUGUCCCGGGCUGACUACGAGCCGGAGGUAUGUGAUCGAAGUUCAUCUGAGGAAACCCUAAACCAUGUAGGGGAGCAAGAGGCACCUGGCGUUAUACCUCAAGUUGGGCAGCUACCUGCAAUGUCGGGUCCCCCAAAUGAGUGUUUUGCUAUUCGAAAGGUGGGAGUGGCAGGCUCUCAUGUUAGCCAGCAAACUCUGGGAACUGGUUCCUCAAGCGGCCUCCCUAGUAUCGCUCAGUCCAGGCUCAUGCAACAGCCUGCCCCAGUGACCAGUGGGGUGGCUACCAACGUGUCAGUGAGCACAUCUCAGCCAAUAGUGACUAGUUCAACCCCUACUUCUACGACGUCGACAACAAGUUGCAGUUCACGCUUCAGGGUCAUCAAACUUGACCAUGGUACUGGAGAGCCCUUCAGAAGGGGCCGAUGGACUUGCACAGAGUUCUAUGAGAAAGACUCGGAGGGUAACACAGUGGUUAACAGGACUGCGGAUAACAUUAGGCAUGCCAAUGCGUUGGACCCCAGCGCCGACAAGGACAGCGGGCUGGGGUUGACAGGUGGUUCGGUGGUCGCACCGGCGACUCUCUCAGGUCAGGGCCUAGACUCUAUAGUGGAUGCUGCUGCACUUAGUGCCUCGCACAUUCCCCCAGUGGACACACUGCUGCAGCAGCUCCACCACCAAAACUACAACAUGGGGCAGCCUGGAACAGCCACAUCCAACGCUUUCCCCACCAACAAACCCAUGGCUGUCUCAGUUAAGCAGCCAGCUCUGGGCACUAUCCAACCCGCUGCCCUCCAGAACCUCCUUGUGGGGUUCAACGGUCUGCCUCAAACUGGCAUCCACAUACAGAAAUUUCAUAGUGUGCCCCCGGCAGCCCAGACCCAGCCGCUGGCUUACCCUCUCCAGCAGCAGCAACCCAUGCUACAGCAUCUUCCACUGGGACACCAUCUAUCCAACCAACCCCCAGGCCUGCCCCAGAACCAGGCUGACUACUACCAACACCACCAACCUGUCAUGGAGGCAGUGGCGUCGGCUGGCCAGACCCUUUCCAUGGCCAGCCUCUCCGUGGGACAACCUAUGGGUCAGGGCCCAUCGCCGGUCAUGACUCCCGCCGCCGGGGUGCCGAUGCAGGGCCAGGUAGGGGAGUUGGCAGCAGCGGGGGGAGGUGUCUCUUUACCCCUUAGUCAGCCAGCUCCAGGCUUGAUGGGUGCAGGUAUUGGAGGUGUUGGGGCCUCCAUGCUGCUGGGCAGAUCCUCUACCCUGCAGCAGCCUGUGUGUCAGUACGCCCCCACAGGGAUGCCUCAGCCCCUCGGGCUCCACUCCAUGCCCCCCAGUGCCCAAAACGUGCCUACCGCCGUCGUAGCCGUGACCACCAGCAUUGCCGGCAUGCCCACCACUGUUCCCAGUGCCUCCAACACCGCUGCAGCAGUCCCUGCCACCAUGUCAAACCUGACCGGCUUCUUGUUGCCCGGGCAACAGGCCCGCAAUGGCGGGGGGGUGCAGGACCUCUUGGCUGCCGGGUUUGACCAGGUGGAGGAGGGCAGUAGGAAGGUGGAGGUCCUCGCGGCAGCUCAGCCUCCCGCCAUCGCUGAGAAAAACCUGUUGAAGACCCCAGAGGGCCUGCAUCAGGCCGACAACCCCUCUGUGAACAGCCUGUUUGGAAUACCCAUACAAAUGGACUGGGACGAGGACAGUGCCUCUGGAGCCAGUGUUGUUGCCAUUGAUAAUAAAAUAGAACAAGCCAUGGACCUGGUGAAAAGCCAUCUGAUGUACGCGGUGCGCGAGGAGGUGGAGGUGCUGAAGGAGCAGAUCAAGGAGCUGUUUGAGAGGAACUCUAUGCUGGAGCGGGAGAACGCCGUGCUGAAAUCCCUGGCCAACAGCGACCAGCUGUCUCAGCUCUCUGUCCGGCCGGCCGACACAAACUCCUCCUGCAGCACGCCUCCACAGCAAGGGGUGGGCCAAGGCCAGCCGCAACUACAUGCUCCACCACAAGCCCAGCUUCAAACACAGCCGCUCCAGGCCCAGUCCCAGCAACUUCAAACCCAGCCUCAAGUGCUGCUUCAGCUCCAGUCCCAGCAACUACAGCCUUUGUCUCAACCCCAGCUCCAGCUUGACACCAGCCAGCCCCCGCCUUCGCAGCAACCACAGCCCAACGUCAACUCCGCUUGAAGUGCAUCUUCCCUCCCUAUCUCUCUCCGUGACAGGAGAGGGGGGGAGGGGAAAAAAAGUAGAAAACAUCCUCCAAUUCUAAAUUGGCAUACGAAGCAAAAAAACAAUAUUGUCUUGUUCGCCACCAGCUUGACCACCACAACCAAGAGCAGUGCUUCAGUGUGUCUGUGUGUGUGCUGUAUGCCGGCUGUUCGGCCUUCCCAGUGUUAAUGCAAUCAUCGAGCGAGAGAGAGUAUGAGCGAGAGAAAGGGGGGCACUUCUUGUGGGGCGCCAUGCUGGAGCUUUGACCGACCCCCCCCCCCCCCACCCAGGGGCAACACACAGAGGAGAGGGGAAACUCACGAGGACAAAUCAUCGUGUCCCAGAGUUUUUUUUUUUUUAAGAGAAUCGAGUCGGGAAGGGGUUUAUUUUUAGCCUUGCAGUUACAUGUUGUAAGUAAGUGGGAGAGAUCUAUUUUCGGAGCCGCGCCACCAUUUUCUUUUUCGACAUAAGUCCAAUCCAUGCAUCAGUCUAAAGUUCUACUGUUAAUGUUUAUUUAUUACUGGGCUGCUAUUUUCAUAAAGGAACAAUGUCUCACAAAAAGAAAAAAACUAAAAAAAAAUAUAUAUAUAUAUAUAUAAAAAUAAACAUUGAGCCUUUUCUUUUUUCUUUCUUUUUUUUGUCAUUAGUGUUAAAAACAACUGGCCCUACAUCCAAUGGGCAGUUUAUUGCAUUAACCAGUUGAAUAUGUAGGCAAUAAUAAAGAAACGUCUAACACUAAAUGGGCUGUUUUACGAUGAAAUUGUUUAUCCGCAUCAGUCAAGAUCUAGUUUGAAUGUACAUUUUGUAUAGAGUGUAAAGUAUUAUGCGCAUAGCAAAGUUUGUACAGGUGAACACCAACUCUUGUGACAGGAAAUCUGAACAUGAAUCUGCGGUAGGCUAUUUUGACGACAACUUCCAAUCCAAUUGCUAGUUUCUUUGUCUGAAAUUGACAGUUUAUUGCCAUACUUCCCCGCCCCUACCCUAAUGUCGUCUUGUGCAUUUGUUUCUGGGAUGGGGGCAAAAAAUGCUGUGAAAUCGUUCAAAACCUACUUUGUAACCAAAGAUGCAAAGCUGUGUAAUUCUAUUAUUUUGCACACUUCUAUGUAUUUUGUUACUUUUUCCUCCUUCACAACAAAAUAUUUUUGUUGCUGUUUAGCAUGUUCUGCAUGACCUGUAAUCUUCAAACCACUUUCUUACCUCAUUUUUAUUCAGCACUCUUAUUGUAAGAUCUGUGAACAAUGUAAAUGGGGGAAAAAGACAUGGAGACAGAGCUAGGGUUUUGGUUGAGCAACACAAACUAGUGUUAGACACUAGCUGCAAAAAAAUGAAGUGAGCCAUGUUUUGUUCAUUUAAAUGGUGUUUGAAUUUCAUAUGCCAAUAGUUUUGUUACAUUGCAAAUUUGUAUCUAUUUAAAUAAAUGCAAUCUUCCGAUUCAAA